CAAUUUUAAUAAAUUUAAUAAAAUUAUUCAACUUAUUUAACCAUUUUCAAUGUUGAUUGAUGAAAUGUGGGAAAUGUUUUCGGAAUGUGUUUUAUUGCUACUAUUGGCGUUGACAUGUCCAAUUCUCACCAGCCAACCACAUCAUAUCAUGCUAGUGCAAUGAUGGCAUUUCCAUAUAAACCGAUCUAUGGUCUGCCUCAUCAUUUCAAUUGUAGUGAUGAUGUUCGAGACAAAUUCAAUCAAUGCCAAUUAGAUGCCCAACAAGCAUGGAGUGUGACAAUCGAUGAUUAUUUUUACGAAUCGAUAAAAUUUUGCUGCUUUGUAUGGUUACAAUUAUCAUGUGAAAUUGUUGAGGCAUCUAAAUGCCAUCAGCAAUACGCUGCAUUACUUGAACGACAAACGGUGUUGUCGUUUGGUUCAGCGUGCGAUCCACCAAGUUUUGGUCGUUCAAGCUUUCUAUGUAGGCUGACACCGCAAACAAUAGUUACAUUAUUAACGGUGGCAACUAUUUUGACCGUAAUUUUAACCGUAAGUUGUGCGAUAUAUGCAUUUUACAGCCUUAAAGUCAGCCAUUUCGAAGAAUCGGAUCAAAAGAAGAAGCCGCUGAAGCUUAGUGGCCAAUCAAAAAAAAGAUUUAGAAAAAGGAGAAUCAAAUUUAAACCAUCACUUGCCACUAUUGAAGAAGUGCCAGAACCCCCAGAUUACACAACUUGUUCCCAUAUAAUGCAAAAUCCUCAACCUUUACGACGAUUUCCACCAUCCACAUCACCAGUUACAGCAGUAGUAGGAGGAGGAGAGACAACAACAUCAAAUUUAUCGGGAUGGACAACAUCGACAUUGGAAAAUAUUGCAACACUGAAUAACAAUGAUUAUAUUUGAAUAUUGAACAACAAACAUUUCUUUCGAAUAACAAUUACUAUAACUA